CAUUCAAGUUUCGCGCCUCUUUCCGAUCGGCUGUCGCUCGAGCGCGUCGUUGGCCGCAACUGCAUUAUAAGCAUUUUAUUCCGUGCAUUUUAAAUUGUUCUAUCCCCGUGUACGUGUUUCCGUGUGUGCCCAUGUGCCGUGUGUUGAUAUCUCCGUGAAAUGCAAAUGAUCUGAUCGAUGAGCAGCAGUUACAAGCCCCGCAGCAGCAACGAGGCCCUCGCCGAGCAGCUUAGCUUAGCCCGUGCCGGAAGUGGCACCCAGCCCCCGGCCACGCCCACCUACCGACAGAUAUCCGGCGCCAUGGCAACCCUGCCGCGCCAUGACAACAACAACCACAACCACAAUGACAACUCCGGCCGAAUUCGCUGCGAUUCAACGGCGACUUCGAGAACCUGCGUUUACAUUGGUGGAGCGCCAAAUGGCGGGGGAACCGGAAAUGGACAGAUUUCCGUGACCUUGGACCGCCGGCAGCCGCAGCGAAUGUCCUGGCUGAAUAUGCGAAGGGCCAAGGCUAACGAGACGGACCUGCCUACAGUGACACCCUCGCCGCAAACCACUCGCAGUUGCAUCUCCACGGUGUCCAGUGUGGUGGACAGUGGUGGCGGACGCACCACCGCCACUUCCGGUCGCAUCAGCUCCAGCGGCAUCGUCACCCUCAGCGGCAGCAACAAUACACUGAGCGAAAUCCAGGGCGGCUACCACGACAUGGACCACGAUGCCGUCUCCAAGAACUUCUCCGUUUCGGCCUCCGCUCACUCCGCGCACAACAUCACCACGGCCAGCAAUGCGAAGCUCCUGCCCGCCGCCGAGGAUGAGUCCAACAAACAGACCAAAUGCUCGGUGUUCCGUGGGCUCGUGCUCUGUUUGUGCCUCAAUGUGAGCUUCGCGAACGUGGUCCGCUUCCCACGCGAGCUGGACCGCUACGGGUCGGCGUACCUGCUGCCGUACGUGGUGUUGCUCUUUCUAGUCGGCCUGCCCAUGAUUCUGCUGGAGAUCUCCGUGGGCCAGUUCCUCGGCCAGGGGGCGGCGCACACGUGGCGCGCCUCGCCCAUCUUCAAAGGAGCCUGCAUCAUCAGCCGCUUCGCCUCUUGGCUCUCGGCCAUCUGGGUGUCCUUGCAGGCCGUGCUGGCACUGGCCUACAUCGGGAUGUUUGCCUCCAAUGAGCUGCCAUUCCGCGAGUGCGCCGGACCCGUGAAGCUGCGAUUGAGUGGCUACCAACUGACGGGAACCAGUGGACAGGAGUGCCUGCAGCAGACCUUCCUCACUCCCUUCUGGCGCAAUCCAAUGUACUUUGGCCUGUUGGCAGCGGGACUGAUAGGCAUCUGGAUAGUGGUAAUGCUUUGCACCCAUAAUGCCAAGAUCCUGCGUCGCAGCGUAUUCGUGUAUGGAUUGGUUGGUUUAGCCCUGCUCUGCACACUCACUGGAUGGGAGGUGCGCAACUCCUUCAGUCGGCACUACUUCCCGGAACUGUGGGCCUUCGACUCGAGUUUGCUGGCCGAGAGUAACAUUUGGUUCAAUGCUUUAAUGCAAGUCCUCUUCUCGGUGAACUGUGGCUUUGGAGCCCUACCAAUGGUCACGGGAAAGUUCCUGUACAAAGGUGAUGCUGUGAGGACCUCGGUGGUUUACCUCUGCUUCAACCUGCUUAUCAACGCCAUCGCCGUGACCCUGUUCAUGGUGCAGUUCGAUGUCACGGGAAAUGGUUUCCAGAUCAUGGAGGAGCUCAAACCCCUGACGGCCAUCUACGAUCGGGUGCUGGAAAGCACCGGGGAAGGUGACGCACGGCUGCUCCAGCACUUGGUUCCCUCGCUCAUCUACGCCCUGAUCAUCCUCUCGGCCAUGGUCUCCAUCACGGUGGCAGUGUACACCUCCACGCGUCUCGUGCCACGCCGCCCCAACUACGUGAUAUGCCUCAUCGGACUCGUGGUGGCGGUCAUCUCGUUCGCGGCGCCCAAGUUCCUCAUCGCCCGCGUGCUGGACUCGCGCCUGGUGGGCACCAUGGUGGUGACGGCCCUGGUGUUCGAGCUGAUUGCCAUAACCUGGAUCUACGGGGCCAAGAACAUCUACACCGACCUCGAGUUCUCCGUGGGACGGCCCAUCUUCAAGGUCUGGAUGUGGUUGUGGGUCGUCUGUCCCGCCAUCCUGACGGGCAUCCUGGUGUGGUGGUGUGCCGACGACGAUCAGUACGAUCUGCUGGCGGAGUACCUUCCGCGUUGGGCGCCAAUUCUUUUCGUACUGGCAGUGAUUGUGGUGAUUGCCUGUGUGCAGAUCUUCCGGCAGGUGGAGUACAACUUCUUCGGCAUGAUCUGCGAGGCCUCCAAGCCGGCGAAGGAGUGGGGACCGGCCGACCCUCUGGCCAGGCACUCCUGGAAGCAGUGGCGCUCCGUUUGCCAGGACACCGGGCGCAGGGACUUCACCCUGCGGAGAAGGGGAACCCGCGACUACACCCACUCCAUCAAGAAGGGUCAGUAUUCGAGUGCCGCCAAGUACGGAGUGCAGAACGGAGGCGGAGGUCAGACGCAGUCGCCGAUGCACCAGCAGCACUGGAAGUCCUCGACGCCGGGAAACAGCUCGCCCAACUACAGCGGCUCCAUGUUCGGGGACUCGGCCAUCGAGGAGGACAUCAGCGUGGACAAGUUCCCGGGGAUCACGCAGCAGCAGUACGUGCCCUUCCAGGCGAGUGAGGCGAAGCCCACGCGGUACUCCCAGCGGAUGAGGCAAACUGCCCAGCCGCAGACCCAGACGCAGAUGCGAUUGCCCAGGGAGUCGGUGGAGAAGCACCGCGAGGUGGUCUACAUCCGCCGCCUGUCGGACGGGGGAAGUGGCACGGGUCACGCCACGCGGAUUGAGAUCUCGCCCUCGAACGAGUCCAUCACCUAUGGCAAUGGGAAAAUGGCCAAUGGCCAGUCCGCCAUGUCCCGCAAUCCGCUGGGCCGCUCCACCGGAUGCCUGGCCGCCGCCGCCCAACCUCCGCCGCCCAGCGUCCAUGUGAAGCGGUCGGCGAGCUCGGUGGUGAACGUCAACUCGCACAAGUUGCCACCACCCACGAGCGCUGGUGGAGCGGCGGAUCACAUCUGCUGGCGGAAGUUCAACGUGAAUCCCGAGGAGUAUUCCACGGAGCUGUGAAAUCAGGGGAGGGUGAAAAGGAGGAGCCAGAGGAAGAGGAGGGGGAAACGAAGCAUUCACAUUCAAAAAGACUUGUUGCAUCCAAAACAAACGUAUCUGUAUCUGUAGUCCGCACACCUAACUUUAAGUCACGAGUAACGCGAGUAAAGCAUGUCCAUAUGGAAAGUGUAUCUUCUAGUUGCGAGCUGUAAAUAGCCUAACCCCUAGACAUUUAGUUCUACGAUCUAGUUCCUUAGCUUAAGUCGAGAGAAUUCCGUGGUCAUUGUUCUUCAUCUGGAAAUCAGGAGCAGGAAAUAAACGCAGUAGUCUAAGCACGUUGAACUAUCAUGGAUUCGAGUGCCUGAAAAUCGUGAAGUAACUGAACUAACCCUAAGCUUCUUCAGUUCUUAGUUAGUUAGUUAGUCGGUAGUCCUACGAACGCAUAGCCUAAGCAUCCAUUGUAAAGUUACAUAGCAAACACAACGAUUUCGAAAACGAUCUUAUGUAAUAAACAGUACGAUUAGUAAAUUAUGA